UGUACCAGUGUGUGUGUGUGUGUGUGUUUAGACACGGAAUAUUGCGCGCGCUGUUGUGAUUCCGGAGGAAGCUGCUGAGGAAGAGGAAGGUGAAGGUGGUUGGUGGUAUGAGUGUGUGUAACAGGAAAGCGCUGACCCUCCUGAGCAGUAUCUUCGCAGUGUGUGGCGUGGUACUUCUGGGCAUAGCUGUUGGCACUGAUUACUGGCUCUACCUAGAGGAGGGGGUCGUCCUGCCCUUUAACCAGAGCACCAGCAUCCACACAUACCUACAUUCUGGCUUAUGGAGACUCUGCUUCCUGUCGGGAGAAGAGAUGGGCCGCUGCUUCACUAUAGAGUAUCUUAUGCCUAUGAGUGUGCAACUGACCAGUGAAUCUACAGUCAGUGUCCUGAAGAUGAUCCGCACAGCCACCCCGUUCCCCCUGGUCAGCCUGUUCUUUAUGUUCAUCGGCUUUGUGCUCAGUAACAUCGGACACAUCCGCCCUCACCGCUCCAUACUGGCCUUCGCUUCUGGAAUCUUCUUCGUCCUCUCAGGCCUUUCUCUGAUGGUGGGGCUCGUUCUUUACGUCUCCAGCAUCAACGACGAGAUGUUGAAUAGAAGUAAAAGUAACGAAGCCUAUUUCAGCUACAAGUACGGCUGGUCUUUUGCCUUUGCCGCUGUCUCCUUCCUCCUGACCGAGAGUGCCGGCGUGAUGUCGGUGUGUUUGUUCACUAAGCGCUUCACAGCUGAGGAUGUCUACAGACCGCACACAAGCUUCUACCGGCCACGUCUCAGCAACUGCUCUGAGCACUCGACUCAGUUCCUGCAGCGCCGCCAAAGUCCCUCAGACAUCUCCAGUGAGGCCUCGCUUCAGAUGAACAGCAGCCAUCCUGCUCUGCUCAAGAGCCCAGAGUAUGAACAAGUCUCCUCAUCAAUCUGCUAAACACAGAGUGAUGGAAGGAUGGCAAGGUGGACAGAGAGACAAAUGGCUGGCUGGAAAAUAUUUACAAGAGGGUAUAAUUUUUUUUAAAUAAAAUAGUGUUUAGACAUCAGAAAUGUAGAGUCAGGUUAUUCUGUCUUAGAUUUGUUGAUUUUUAUUACGAUGCUGCGAACCUCAGCUCCUACAGUAAUUGUAAAAGACAAUUUUGUUCACCAGCAGGGGGCAGAAAAGUGUUAUUCCUGACCUUCUAUUACUGCCAAAACUUCCCAACCACAGUGACCGGUUCCAUUUAUAAUCGAUUUAAAUUAUAUUUAUAUUGUGGUUGUUCUGCACAAUAUAAAUAAAAAAAGGAUUA